AUGGCCGAGGCACGCUCUUCUCCUGAGGUCAUCGGAGUCUCGCUUCCCGCCCUCGAGGUUCAGCACGAAACCAAAUUUGAGGAUUACAGUCUCACAGAUAUUACACAUGUUGUCGUCCAUCUGUCUGACAUAACACCCAAGAAUAUCAGAAACAUCAUGAAUUUUAAUGCUGAUACCUCAUAUGAGUACGACGGCAAAUAUUACGUGGAUCUUAUUGGAAAGAUGCUCUCCGUGACAUUCUUCGGCAACGAAAACCAGCUAGAAUUGCUAGGCACCGAGCUCAUGGGUAGACGCGUGUUCGUUGCAUUCACCAACAUCGAACAGAAAAAGGAGCUAGACCUGAAUCAAAGCUCGCGUCACGAGAAGCUGCAGGUAGCUGAGGUCAUGUUCAUGCGGACGAACCCCCGGGAAACACUGAAGAUUUUCUGGAGGCCAGCUAGAGCAAUGGUCCUUCAACGUGUUCUCGCUAAAGUGAUGAAGGGGAGUGAGAUGGGUCGAGUUCGAGUUAUGCGAACACGAUCGGAUGUGAUUCCACGGAAAUUGAACCCAAGUCUGAGCCGGGGUUCGGCUUCAGCGUGA